UACGGAGUCGAAGCGCAAGAAGAGUAAAUAAUUGACGCGCGAAGCGUGCCGAGCGAUUUUAUAUAACAUUUUUGACUAUCUCAAAGAAACUCGACGUGCACGAGAUCGUCAGGGAGUUUGUAAACUUCGUUCCGCGAUCCGCUAACGAUUUGUAGGGGUCCGCCGGUGGUGUUUACUAAACAGAGAGAUAAAUAUUUCUUCUUCUUGCUGCACUGCGCCGUAGAUAAGCCAAUUUUUCUGCGUUACAUGGAAAAAGAGUCGGCGCAUCGCCGGCGCCGCGUGCCCUCUUGCCCGUUCGGGAUUGUUCUUGUGUAAAUUACUGAUUUCCUGAUUUCCGGAUUUCAAAAUAUAUUUCGAAACUGUUGCAUUUAACUACAAUGGACAAUUCCUUCUGAAGAUGUAAAACGCGAGAUCGUAAUAUCGUACUUACUCUUGCGAUGUACCUUCCCGAUACACUGAAUUCAGAACAAUUUUAACUUCCUCCUGUGAAUUGUGUUGGCGCGAGUGUUUUACUUACUUUGGACAAUUCGGAGAGCAUGAAAUAAAAGCGUCGUCGCUUGACUUUGGAGUGUCAGUGAAAUAAGAUUUCGGAGAUCCUGGCGAUACCUCGGAGAUUAUUGGAUCCCAUCUGUGUCCAAGCGAAUUGUGCAAUUGUGGAGAGUCUGUCCGGUGAUUGGGUGGAGUUGCAGCAGCAUCGUGUAAAUGCAGCGGCAACGGCCGACGUCUUUAUGAAUUACACGGAUAGGUCCAAGAUGGUCUCGCACAUCAUUCCUGUUUCGGGGGAGCUGCAGCAGGGGAACGGCAAUCUGGGUGCUACAGGACUCAGCGGCAUGCAGGACUCUCCCCAUUCCUUGAAGAUCAAACAAGAGCCGUUUCAGCUGUCGCCGCCGUCGCCACUGCCGCCUCUUCAUCAAGUGAGCGGCUUCGUGUCGGACCUGCAGAGCGGCUGCAUCGGCGGCACGUCGAAGGAUCUCGAUUCUUCGACGGUGCCCGGCAGCCUGGGACGCGGCCUGUCGCACCAUGUAUCCCUGAGCCAUCAUCAUCAUCAUCAUCAUCCCCAUCACAGCCUGCACAGCCCGAACUCUGUGGUCUCCAUGCACUCCGCCACCACCGCCGGUACGGCGCAUCAUCAUCUGGACGAUAAGGGUUCGUCGCCGGUGGGCGCCCUUCACAGCACCACCAAUAGCAAUCCCUCUACGCCGUCCGCACCUUCCACGCCCACAACGGACAGUGCCGUGACCACCGCCGCAUCCGGUACGAGCAACGCUAACGGCACCAGCGGUGGUACUUCCGCGGCGAACAGCAAGCCGCCCUUCAGCUACGUUGCCCUGAUCGCCAUGGCGAUACAGCACAGCGCGCAAAAGAGAGCGACUCUCAGCGAGAUCUAUGCAUACAUUACCGCCAAGUUCCCGUACUUCGAGAAGAAUAAAAAGGGAUGGCAGAACUCCAUCAGGCACAAUCUGUCUCUGAACGAGUGCUUCGUCAAAGUGCCCCGAGAGGGUGGCGGCGAGAGGAAAGGCAACUUCUGGACGCUCGAUCCGCAAUACGAAGAUAUGUUCGAGAAUGGCAAUUACCGAAGGCGGAGAAGAAUGAAGCGUCCCUAUAGAAAUGCUGCGUAUCACAAACCGCUCUUCGGCGAUCCGUUUUCGACGACUCAUGUGCACUUGGGACCUAGAAACAUCUUUGGCCACUCACCCCCUUCGUACGCUCCCACUGCUUACACGCGAUACGACACGAGUGCAUGGAGUCUCCAGCAAUCGCAGCUCUCGUACAGUCAUUGUCAAUCGCUGCAGCCGCAAUUGCAGCCGAUGCAGUCGAUGCAAAUCCCGACGAUGAACGGCUACAGCCAAUUGGGCACUUCGUUAAGUGAGUCACUAUUCUCGUACUUUGCACCCACUUUUGCCGAGCGGGGUAAUGCUGAACGUCCAGACAAAGCGUUUCAAGGCAAUUACCUGGAUGUUCCAGGUGGAACGGCCGGAUCGCCCGGCUCCAUGGGCGGCGGGACCUUUGGCAGCAGUUUCACCACAUGCGGCAGGCGACACGAUUCCGCGAUGGCCACAGACACGAUGCCCGGCAGAUGCUACUGGCCCGAGAUGGUGAACGUGAAGGAGGAGCCUGGGACAAACGCGGUGUCGACCGGCGGCGUCGGCGGCGUCGGCGUCCCCUCUGGCAUGAUGGGCACCGCGGCGACGUCGGGCGUCUCCGCGACGGGAUUCGCGCCGAUGGAAUUCCAAACGCGCUCCAAAUGCUUCAUGUGAACGUCAUCGUCGAAUUGCAGCAGCGCAUGACGAGCCGAGCUUCACGGCGGAACGAUCCUGCAUGAUCCAUCGCAGGACGACGGAUUGAAUCGCGAUUCAGCGAAUGGUGAGCGAUGAACAUUCGAAUACAUCCGCGAUAACGCGGAUUAAAUUCAUCAAAUAUUAGUGAAUAAUAUUCGAUAAUUAUUUAGCAAUAGUAUUGGAUGCUUGUUCGCGAUUUUUAACCGCGCGAGGAAAAUAGCGUAUACAAUUUUGUGGAACUCGUGUAAUUGCCGUUGUCGAUCAGUGAGCUGUGUAACAUAGUGCAGCGAGCCUUGAAGGAGUGGAUGAUCCAUUGCGGAAAAGAGAGAGCUAUAUUGGACGGAGGGUCUGUCUCUCUUUGUUUUUCCCCCCUCAAUACACGAUAAUAAAUGUGGAAGUAAGACAGACGUCCGUAUAUUUAUUGCUAUCCUAUCAUAUGGCCACAAACCACUGAUUCUUAUAGGAAAGGCUCACUUCAUUAUGUUACGCAGCUCAACGUUGUCGAUGACUCGAUGUUAAAGGAACGUUGCGUUCCAACGCGUCUUAGUAAGUGCACUGUAUCAUACGCUGUGUUAAUACGUAAGCGAUAUGCAAUGCACGGGUGCAAUUGCGCUUAUCGUAUGAAACGAAAUGCGGUAUCCCGUAGCGCAAAUCUCUUUGUGAGAACACAGACGCGAUCACGUCUGCGUUAUGAUGCCAAGUAUCGUAGAUAUUGCGAGAUGAAAACAAAGCGAUAGCAAAACGAUCUCUUAACCUUAUCUUCGUUUUUUGACAUGUGAAAAUACCUCUAUCUUCAUCGUUUUUUGACUGCUAGACAGUAUUUAAUAAUGUCUUGAGAAGCGACAGACGAACGAGAAUAGAUGUUUUGAUCGUGCGAGAAUAAGAAAAAAAAACGCGUGCUUGUCAAAUAAAACUUUUUUUUUCACAUUAAUUCAAAGAUUAUUCGUAGAAUAAUAUUCAAAAAUUUUGAAGCGUUUUUUGCGCUCUAUAUGUGUUUGUAAACGUUCGAAUGAUGUCUCUUCUAUCGCGAUAUGAUCAUAUGCAGAAACUUUUAGCUUUUAAUUAAUACAGAUCUGUUAGGAAAGCGAUGCAGAAUAGAGAAAAGACGUCUUGUUGCAAAGAGUUCUUAUAUAUAUAUACAUAUAUAUACAUAUAUAUAUAUAUAUAUAUAUAUAUAAAAAGAGUAAAUAGAAUUUAAUAGAGUUAUAUAUGUUUAAUCGUACAAAUACGUCUUAUGUGAAUUAUUAGAGUAGAGAAAAAUUGUUUCCGCGACGAUUGCAAUGUAAAUACACGAUUAGUGUGUAGAGGCUGACUUUAAGAAAAUCAUAACGACGCGAAUUACAUAGUUUUAUGUAUAAAUCCCUAAAAUUAAUUUCUAUCGAAUAUAAACGUCUUGUUCGACUUAUUAUGCACAAUAAUCGUGUAUAAGCAUAUCGUGGCAGCUGUGUACAGUGAUCCGGCGACACUCACGUGAAAAAAAAGUGUAACAGUGUCUAUAAGAGACGAUGAAAAUAAAUAUUGAUUAUUUAUCAUCGAUAAA